CUGGGGCUCGGAACGGGGACGGCCAGUGGUGGCUGGAUAUCGGGAAGCAGGGUCCUAGGGCGGCGCCUCCUUUUCUUGGCAGGCCCGGGCGGUGCGGUGCCCGGCUCUGUAAUGCUCCGGAGGCAGAGGAAGGGGAUCCCAUCCCCCCGGUGUUCUGUCUUCGGUGCCAGCGGCUUCCCCGUCUGCUGGUUCUAUCCUCAAGCACCGGGACACGCGGCUGCGGCCCCGCGGAGAGGCUGUUUGCCCGGCUAGGGGGCUCUCCUGGGGGGUUCCCGCAGGGCGGGAGGACUCAGCUCUACUCUUGUCGCUAGAGCGCUCUGACGCUUGGGCUUGAAACCAGACACGACGUUAUUGCAACCUCCUCUCCAGAUCUGCCCUGCUGCCUCUAGACCUGCUGCCUAACGAGGGGUUGGGAGUGAUUCUGCGGGUGUGAAUGUCUGCACUCUUCCUUCUGUGCCCGGGGCUGUCACCUCCUAAGGCAGGGACCCCUCCUCUCUAAGGUGCCUGGCAUAGUGUGUCCCUGAUCCUCAUGCAAAUAGCACCUAGCUUGGCUUGCAACUGGCCCCAUGUGGUUUGGGCUCAAACUUGAGCUCAAUGGAGGAGGGGUGGAAUUAAUACCCCUUUCAGGGGGCUGGUAGUGAUGGGCCUAGGGGUGCUGAGCCCACAUGAAUUAAUGGGACUGGUUCUUAAGUGCCCGGGUAGUUUUGAAAAUGGGAUAUUGGUCUCCUGUGUCACGUAGCCCUUCUGAAAAUGCCUCAGUCCCUCUGUGGAAGAGCUAAUGCUCCAGGUCCAAUAUGACACAGAUAUGGGGCAGGUGACUGUUCAGACUUGUCUGUUUGCACAAUUUAGCAAAGAGGUCCUGGAUUUAACCAACUUUGUUUCUAUUUGGCUUACAUCUGUUGGGCAGAGGAGAGUGUUAAGGGAAGUUGCUUUUAAAACGGGGGAGGUGUUCUAGUUUGAAGUAGUGCAAGUUUUUGCGUAGGCGGGCUUGUGGGUUGGGGGCUGAGCUGGAGUUCUGUCUGGAGGGGGCAGUGCAGCCUACUGGGGAGACCCCUGCAUUGGGAGUCAGGUGGCCGUGGUUCUAUUCUUUGCUCUGUUGCUGGGCGAGCUUGGUAAGUCCUGUUCGAGCCUCUGUAGCAUGAGGCUUGAAGAGAUCCUGACCUUGGCAAAGCAGCUGCCUCUGAUCAGAAGUGCGGGGGAAGAGGGCGCGUGAACGCCUGGCACGAAAGCUCACUGAACAUGCUCUUUGCGCUAAUAAAGCUUUGAAUGGAGUUCCUCUUGUUGGCUGGUUCUGUUUGCGGGCUAGGCAUAUGGGGGGGGGGGGGAAGGGGAGGACCACUCGUGUUAAAGCGCUGGCUGGCCUCCGCCGUUUCUGUGAGGAGACGUGGUGGAGCCCAAGCUGCCUGAGCGAGGAAAAGAUCCCUGUGGAGCUGAACCCUCCUCUGGGGCUAUGACCCAGCCACUCAGUAAUGGGCGGCAGGGCCCUCCUGGGGCUGGUUAGACGGCGCAGCUCCUAGGGCGGGUGCUGCCCAGCCAGGGAGUAGAGAGGGGCCGGCACGAGGCUAAUCUCUCCCCCGCCCACAGCUGCUGGUUGCUGUGAGCGAAGCCACGUAGCUUCACGGGGGGGAGGGGAACGUGCGCUCAGCUCGAGUUACAGCGGCGGGGGCCGGAGCCCAGGGCUGGGUCCUUGAGACGAGCGGCCGGGCCCGGCCUCCGCGAGCGCAGAGCCGCAGGAAGGGGGCGGGGCAGCGAGGCCCCGCCGCGCCCCAAGGAGCCGGAGUCCGGGCUUAGGCCCCGCCGCAUGGCAGUGCUCAUGCUCGCUCCGCGGCGCGGCCCCGCCCUGGGGCCCCUGCUCCGGCCGCUCUGCUCCUGGGCAGAUGGCCUGCUCCACAGCAUGGCCCAGCCUGGCACAUGGGACCGCUUCUACACGCAGCAGGACACAGCUGGCACCCCCAGCCAUUUCAACUGGUUCUUCGACUACAGGGCCAUCUCUGGGCUCCUGCUCCCGGCCCUGCGGGGGUGCAGCCCCCCUGAACCCAAUCCCAGCCCCAUUCGGGUGCUCGAAGUUGGCUGUGGCACUUCAGAUCUGAGCCUGGGGCUAUACCGGGAGUCCCCACACCCUGUCCACAUCUCCUGUGUGGAUGUGUCCCCUGUGGCCAUCAGGUCUCUUCGCCGGCUGCUCCAGGAGGUCCCCCCACCCCGACACCCCCUCUCCCAGCUUCACCUCCAUGUAGCUGAUGCCACUGACCUUGACGGGGGUGGCUUUGAGGAUGGUUCUUUCCACCUGGUGCUGGACAAGGGCACAUGUGAUUCACUGCUGCGCUGCGCCCAGGGGCCAGGCCAGGCCAGGCGGCUGGUGGCCGAGUGCCUCCGGGUGCUGCGCCUUGGGGGCAGCUUGCUGCAGUUUUCAGAUGAGGACCCAGAUGCCAGGGUCCCUUUCCUGGAGCAGGCUGGGGGGCCUGGUGUGACAGUGCAGGAAGUCGGGCACAUUGGUGGCAUGUGCUACUAUGUCUACACGCUCUGCCGGCCGGCCCUGGAGACACCAACCACUGGGGCACUGAACUAGAAGGACACAGGAGACCCUGGGCUAUGGGGC